AUGGACGGCGACGAUGUCGAUACGGACAGCUUUAUUCCAAACUUCCGACUGCCUCCGACCACCUCUGCACCCGGCAUGCCUAUAGGCAUGCAAGCAUCACCUCCGAUGACGACCAGUGCCGCAAGCGAUGGCGGUGGUAGUGGUGUUCUAAUCGAUCCCUACGAUCCUAUGCUGGACGCAGAUCCUUUUGGGCUCACUGCCAGCAUGACCUUUCCUAAUCCUUAUUCAUAUCCGCCGCAACAGCCCAGAAGAUGA